UAUUGACUCAACUAUCAACUACUAUAGUCUCUCUCACUCACCUCUUCAACAAUCAACUAUACCUUAUAAAUCGAAAUACACACCUCAAAACAUGAAGUAAACUACAAGUACUAGCUAGUAGCUAUACAUUCAUUACAUCAUAAACCCAUUUCCAUAAAUAAUGGAUUGGUUCUCUUGGUUAUCCAAGACCAACCUAGACCCUUUUCUACUCUACGAGUAUAGCCUCACUUUUACCCGAAAUGAGCUUCAAUUACAAGACUCAAUCCACUUCACCCAUGAGUUUCUUCAAAGCAUGGGAAUUUCAGUUGCCAAACAUAGGCUAGAAAUUCUCAAACUUGUCAACAACCAAAAUGACAAAGUGCCAAAAAACACUAACAAGUUUUCUUUGGUUAUCAGAAAGUGUAUAAAGAAGUGUCUUAGCAAGCUCAUUUUCCAUCAAGAGAAAGAAAAAAACAUGAACAUGAUUUCAUUGCAACAGGAGCAAAAUUGGAACCAAGGGAAAUGGAGAAGAGCAUUGGUGAGUGAGGAACUCAAAGGAGAAAAGGGUUUGCAUAGAAACAGGAGAAUAGCAUUUUCAGGGCCUUUAGAUGGAAGAAUGUAUGAUGAGAAAAUGGUAAUUACCAACAAAAAUAUGUUGAAAUUUUCUGGUCCUCUUGAUGGAAAGGUGAAUGCAAAAAUGAUUUAUACAAACAGAAGUCCAGUGAGAAAUAGGCCUAUUGGAGGAAGGAGUCCAAGAUUUUCUGGACCAAUAAGCCCAGUUGAUUUUCAUUGUCUCUAUAACAAGACAAGAGAUGAUUAUGAUUUUGAGGAUUCUGAAAUGUGGCGUGCAUUGUUUGAAGAUCUUAAACCAACUUGAUUUUAUUUUUGUGUGUUUUCCUUGGCAUGGCAUUAAUGUUUUCUUAUGCAAUAUAAUGGUUCUUGAAUCUUGUAAUAUUUUC